CCUCCCGCUCGCCCGGCCCGGCCUGCGGGCUUCCGGGCAGCUGCCCGCGGCGUCGGGGCGGGAAGGAGGACGCGGAGGGGGGCGGCGGGGCCGAGUCGGGCUCAUCCCGGCCCUCCCUGCCGCGGCGCGCUGCGCGAACGGGGAGGGAGGCCCAGCGGAGGCGCUGGGAGUAAAGAGCGCUGCAGAGACGCGAGCCUUCCGAGGGCAGGGCGGCCGAUCUGACACACCAGGGGGAGGAACCGAUGCACCUGAGGCCAGGCCGGUGGAAGUUACCCGGACUGACACAGAGAGAGAGGAAAGAGUGAAAAAACAAAGCCAGAACGGGGGUCCAAGAAUCGCGGACAGUACCCAAGUUUAACGGGUCUGCAGUUGGAAUCUCCGCGGGAAAAGAGAGACCAAGAAUGGGGCAGAAGAAAUAUUCCAAGUGAAUUGUCCAAAAUAGUAAAAAAAAAAUGGCACACCACAGAUCAAACUGCUUAAAGCCGCACAACCAGGAUAAAUAGGUUAAGGCGAGGGGGAGGGAGAAGAUACACAUUCGAACAGCUGAAAGCCAAACUGAGGAACAGAAAAUGUGCGAGGCAGCCAGAGGGAAGCCCCGUAGGUGGAGAUGUCUGUCGGGGAAGGCCCUCCGAGUGGAAGAAACAUUGGGAGCAAAGGCCAGGCGGCGGGAAAGUGCAGGGAACCUGGAACGUCUGAAGGGUAGUAAUGACCCACUUAACUGCAGCCUGCUUGGAUGGAGGGGGGUAGAUGGCGGAGCGAUUGGGAGAAGAUAAUUCCCAGAUUAAAGAGGCCUCCAGUGCCCAGGAAGGAAGUCUAUUCUGUAGUCAGAUGGCAUUGGAGGCAGAGUGCCGACCCCUGGGUGUGUUUGAGUGCCAGCUGUGCUCCUUAACAGCUCCAUACAGCUACGUGGGGCAGCAGCCCCCUGACACCCGGUCUGUCGUCCUCCUGGAGGAGAGCUACGUCAUGAGGGACCCCUUCACCGCGGACAAGGGCAGAUUCCUGAUCCUCGGCUCCAGAUGCAGUUUGUGUGGCAGGCUGGUGUGCGUGGGCCCGGUGGGAGUGCAGUUUAUUCUACUCCAAGAGAUUUUGCCUCCCCUGUGUCCAGGAGAACAUGGAUGCUUUCCCUCAGGAAAUCCAGCAAGACUUGGAGAAAAGGAAAGUUCCAUCAAAGAGGCCUGCCAGCCAGCUGGGGUCUCGGACAUGAGUCUGGUUGGUGUCAGGUCCACAGCAGUGCCCUGCAUGGGGCUCCCGGGCCAUCUGGCCUGUGGCCCACCUUGUUUCUGGACCCGCAAGAGCAGUGUCUGCAGCCCAGGGGAGCUGCGGUCCCCCUGCAGCAGCAGCAGAGCCAGAAGCCACGCAGAGAAGGCGCCCAAGAGGCAGCCUCAGACGCCCGUGCUCCAGAGCUAGGGGUGCUGAGGCCACGGGCGCCCUUCCCCCUGCACCGCUGCCCUCACAGCCCCCACCUGAGCCACCGGUGGUACUGGCUGUGGCCUUGCCUUCUGCCUGCUGGUUCUCAGGGGGUAGGACCCGCUCUGUCUCUGUAAUUUGUGCAGGGCCAGCUUACACAGCCUGGGGUUGGGGGUUUAGAAGCAUGUUUGAUGAAAGCAUGAAUAAAGAGCCUUUACUGACUGA